UCACCCGACAGACGCUCAAUCCCUAAUUCUCAUCACCCUCCUCCCUCUCCUUCGUCCGCUCCUCGUCAAUCCACCACCCACCUCCCUCUCACUCCUCCGCUUCGCUCGCCUCCGCUACUUCUCCUCCUCCUCUUCUCAUCCUCCUCCUCAUCGAGUCUCCGCUUGUUUUCUCUUCGAGAUCCUCGCCUCCUCCACCCCUUCCUCCAUCGAUCGUACCCUCGAUGACACUGGCGUCCGCGUCUCCUCGCAGGAUGUGGAGGUCAUGCUCAAGUUCUCUUACUCCCAGCCAGAUGUCGCCGUUGCUUCUUCCAUUGGGGGGAUCCCUCUACCUCAGUGACCAACACUCACCCUAUGCGUGGAGCCUUAUGUUCGACCUCCUCGGCAAAAACCUCCUUCAUCGGCUGCCCCCUCGAUGAAGGACCGACAUAUCGUAACUUGGACCCCUCAGGCCUCAGGAGGAUGAUUUACUAUGGGAGAAUAUUUCUCUGCACAAGACUGAUAAGUUAGUUUGCAAUAUUGAUUUUUCUCUUUUAGAUCUUGUUCGAGUUUGAUAGAACAAUUUCUAUACUGACAUGCAACAAUCCUUGGUUGGCUUUGGCUGUAAUUGGACAAGUAUCGAAGCUUUGUUUAAUGACAAGACUAACAGAUAGUACCAGAGAAAGUGAACAACUUUGUAAAUUGUCAAAAAAAAAAAACAUUUGAGAUUUCAAAUGUGUAUCAUAAUUAUUUUAGUAGAGGUUACUCCUGGUGAAACUUGAUCAGCAAUGCCAAGCAUUAGAGCUCCAUCAUCAAAAAGGACUACAAGUAUAUUGGUGGCAGUAAAAUGUAGGCCAUUGACUGAAGCAGAACAAAAGCAGUGCAUGCAUAUUAUUCAAGUUAUGGAUGAUAAGAGCUUAAUUGUCUUAGAUCUUGACUUGUCAAAGGACUAUCUUGACCUCAUACAAAAUCGGACUAAAGAAAGAAGAUAUAACUUUGAUAAUGUAUUUGGACCUAGUUGUUCCAAUACAUGUGCUGAAUCUGGGGAGUGCAUAGGAAGUGAAUUGCUGAAACUUGCUGAAUUCUGACCAUUGAACAAAAUUCUGUGCAAAUCUGUGAAAGUGAAUUUAUGAGCUAAGUAUCAAAUUCAAAUGUUGUGUGUCAAGAAUCUUGUGCAACUCUCUGUUAAGUAGAAAGUUCAAGAUGUAAACAGAUUCUGAAACAAAAUUCUGGAAUUGGAGAAUCUAGAACUGAACAGCAUUGGGAUUUCUUUAGUUUUGUUUUAGCUAAGUUUUUAAAUUGGAACCGAUUUUGGUCAAGCUUGAAAUGAGUAAAUGGAUGAGAUAGUUCAUUGAAUAGAUAAAUGAUGAAGCUUGAAUUUUGAAGGAGAUCAGUAGAGAAAAAAAAGUGCAGAAUUGCAGUGUGCAGUAAAUCAGAAAUUGAAUUAGUAAGUUUGGUUACUGAAUUUGCAGCUAGUAGAGUUCAAAUUCGAAUUAAAUUUUUGUUCCAUCAUUCAGUUUUGAAUGCAGAGAAUACCUUGAAUCUGAUUGCUUCGCUGAAUAUCUGUAGCUUUGAAGCUCAAUCCAAUUCUAAUUAUCAGCAGCAACAGAUUUUUAAAACUGUAAAUGAUGUAUCAACUUUGACAUGUGGCGUGCCAAGUUUUUGUGGCAAGUUUCUGAUAAGUAGAAAGACCAAGUGAAGUUCUUGCUUACUCAAGGAUAAGUCAUUCUUCUCAAGUCUCAUGUGAUUAAAAUUCUGAUUCUGGAAUUUGAAAACCUAAAUUCCUUGCUGUCCCUAGAUUCAAAUUCCAGAAGCUGUGUGAAAUGUUCAAGAAAAAAAAAGAGUUAGUUUCUUAAACUGGGAAUCAGUACUAUUAUCAGAAGUUGGAAGCUGGAUGAAAGUGUAUCAGACCUAUUUUGGAUUUCUGAAGUCAGCUGAUAACUGCAGAAAAUUGAAAGAUUGCUGAAGUUAACUCUACAAGGGCUGUGAAAUCUUUUAUUUACUGCAGAGAAAUAUACAAGAACUAAAUACAUUUAAGGAUUUGAAAUUGAUUUGUGAAUACUUAACCUGGAUUUUGGAGCUGGAAACUGAGUGUACGGUUUCUGAAAUUUUCAGAAACUGAACCUAUGUGCCAAUUUGGAGACCAACCCUAUUUUUGUGCCAAUUUUUCAUUCCAGUUCUGAUCUGAAGCAAGUAAGUUGGGGUAGUGAAGGGUGUUGAGGACAGUAAGUGGAGAUGCUGCUGUGCUGAAUUCUGCAGGAAUAGAUACUGAAAUUGUGGAGUAAUGAAAGGCUGAAGGAAUGCUAGUGAACAUGACUGAAUCUGAACAUUGUUGGUGUCAAUGAAAAGGCGUGCUUAGAGUAGGCUGCAGUAACACAAAUCUGCAAGAAUCAAGCUUGAAACUGCAAUCUUUUACAGUAAAGUUUAUUCCUGAAAUUGAAGUAUCAACUUGGACUAUGUGAGUUUAUUUCUAUCGAAUUUAUGCAUAAAGACAACUUCUAAAUCUGAGUUUCAAGUAAAUGUUACUACCUUUCAAUUCUUUACAAACCUGCUGGACAAAAUUUUGAAGUAUCAAGUUGCAAUUGACACACAACACUUCCAGUUGAAAUUACAGUAGAAGUUGAUGAUGAACUUGCUGGUUGUUAAUUCUGGAAUUUGAAUUUUGAUUGAAUCACUGCUGUUAAUAGUAUAACAGGACCCCUUCUGGAGAAUGAACUUUGGUGUUUUAAGUCCUUGACAGAUUUGAGUAUCUAAAUUCAGGAUUUGAUAGGAAUUCAAUACCUUUUAAUUUUCCUGAAUCAGGUGUUGUUUUGCUUGGUAUUAAAUUCAGAAUUUACAAAAGGCUAUGGUUGUUGUGCUGAUUUUAAUGAGUUCAUUGACCAGCAGCAAAGUAUCAAGUUAAUACUGUUUUGUGCCAGAGUUAAUUGUAGAUUCUAAUCAUAAGCAAUCUCAAGGAAAGUUGAAUGCAGGAGCUGCUGAUUUCUGAAAUUGGCAGCAACAUUUCAAUGCUGAAAUAAGUGAGUUUGGUUGAGUUAUAAAGUUAAAAGCUAAUCAGGAACCAGUCCAUUAAAUCAGAAAUCUGCAGAAAUGGAAUUUGCAAGUGAGAUUUUAUGGGAAAUUCAAAACUUUACAACCAAGGAAGUUCUGAUUUUCUAGCAGUAAGGCAUAGAAACCAAUGAGACACAAGGAAACUGAAUCUGAUUUUUGAUUUGGAAGUUGCUGGAAGAAGUUUGUGCCUACCUAGUUCUGAAACUGAGCUACAGAUUUCAUAAUCUAGUUUUGUUGAAUCUGAUGUUGGAUAUAUUGGACUGGAUAUAAAGCUUUGGGUUGAAACUUCACUACAUAUAAUGAACCCAGAGUUGUCCAAUUGUACUAUACUGUUUAGUGCCAAAUUAAUCUUGGAAAUAAAGCUCCGGUCUUGUCAUUGCUAAUUGGCAUCUUCACUUUUGGAAGUUAUUUGUUGAGAUUCUUCUACUGUCAAGUGAUUGGUUGCAGGGUAGCAGUUGUGUCUCAAUUUGGAUUAGUUAUGUGCCACAUUUUUUGUAUAGCUUCCUGGUUAUUGAUGAACUCCAGUAAACUUCUUGUUUUCUCAUUGUGACAUGUUAUUCUUCCUUA